CGGGGGAAACCAGGAACCACAUUGGAGGUGCUUGGCGGUAUGGGGUUGGUGUUUUUUUUUUUUCUUUCCCCGCAGACAUGAUGACGGCCAACCCUCUAUAUAGCCCCUCCCAGGGGGACGUUGCGCCUCGGCCGUUCUCAGAAGGAGAGGGCACGGCAUCAAGAUGGCAGCACGGUCCAUGAUUGCAGCGUCACUGCUGCUAGCGUCAUACCUCACCGGCACCGCCGCGGCCCAGGCAUCGGCCAAGGACUUUACAAAGCAUGUCAACCUCUUCAUCGGCACCGAAGGUCCCGACCCGGGCUCUGCCUUCGCCGGCGGCAAUGUCUUCCCAGGCGCCUCGCUCCCCUGGGGCGCCGUCAAGGUCGGCAUCGACACCACACGCUGGAACGUCUCGUUCGCAGCCAACGCCGGCUACACCCCGAGCGGUAACGUGACGGCCAUCACGAUGCUGCAUGAGAGCGGCACCGGCGGCGCCCCGACCUAUGGCCUCAUCCCGCAAAUGCCCCUCACGUCGCUCGAGGGCGUCAACCUCCUCGACAACAUCACCUACAUGCAGCCGCGCACCUCACCCGACGUUGCUUCGGUCGGCUACUACCGCACCCACCUGAGCAACGGCGUAGUCGCCGAGAUGAGCGCCAGCAUGCACGCCGGAAUCAUGCGCUACUCGUACCCACCCGACGCCCCAGGUCGCCAUGUCCUUGUCGACAUCAGCCAUUUCCUGCCGAGCAUGGGCAACAAACAGCAGUGGUACAGCAACGGCUUUCUUGAGCGUAGUGAAGACGGCACCUGGUACUCGGGCUAUGGCAUCUACCGCGCCGGCUGGUCGUGGGGUGGCGACUACCGCGUCUACUUCUGCGCCAACUUUGACACCACCCCCUCCAGCGCCCGCCUCUUCUCGGGCAAGGCCACCGACCCCUUCUGGCCCAACACGACCGAUGCCAGCCCGACCUUCACCGACGCUACCACUCUGACGGCCGGUGCGCCCAACUACCAGUACGCCGACCGCAUCGGGGCGCUCUUCGAGUUCCCCGCGGGCGCCGACGUGGUGCAGUCGCGUGUGGGCGUGUCCUGGAUCUCUGCCGACAAGGCCUGCCAGUUCCUCCGUGACGAAAUUCCGACCUGGGACCUGAACACGACGGUGGCCAAGGCGGUCGACAAGUGGAACUCGGAGGUGCUGGGCAAGGUCGCCACGGCUCAGCCAUCAUCGGGUGCUGCCGACAACGAGACGGCGCUGACGAUGCUGUACACGGCUCUCUACCACAGCCACCUCCUGCCGUCGGACCGGACGGGGGAGAACCCGCACUGGGACUCGGGCGAGCCCUACUACGACGACUGGUACACGCUCUGGGACACGUUCCGCACCCUGCACCCGCUCGUGACGCUCAUCCUGCCCGAGCGCCAGACGCAGAUGGUGCGCGCGCUGAUCGACAUCUGGCGCCACGAGCGCUGGAUGCCCGAGGGCCGCAGCCACAACUUUAACGGCCGCGUGCAGGGCGGCUCCAACUCGGACAACGUGCUGGCCGACGCCUACGUCAAGGGCCUGGGCGUCGGCGUCGCCGCGCCCGGGGGCGGCCUCGUCAACUGGACCGACGGCUACGCCGCCAUGAGGACCAACGCCGAGCGGCUGCCAUACAACAACUUUGACACGGACGACCCGUCGGGCAGCACCAAGGAGGGCCGGGGCGCGCUCAACGACUGGCUGGCGUGCGGCUUCGUGUCGGCCAACAAGGGCCGCUGCAUCUCCAAGACGGUCGAGUACUCGCUCAACGACUUUGCCGUGUCCCAGGUCGCCCGCGGCGUGGCCGCGCCGCCCCACGAGGCGGCCACGUACCUGAACCGGUCGCGCAACUGGCAGCACCUUUGGUCUGACGACGCCGAGGCCCUCGGGUUCAAGGGCUUCCUGGCGCCGCGCUGGCCCAACGGCAGCGUCGCCGUGCCCGAGGGCAGCCGCGGCGGCGUCUACGACCCCCUGACGUGCGGCGCGUGCACGUGGCGGUCCAUCACGUACGAGGGCACGCCCUGGGAGUACAGCUUCACCAUCCCGCACGACAUGCGCACCCUGGUGGCCAAGAUGGGCGGCCCGGCCUCCUUCGAGGCCCGGCUGGACAAGUCCUUCGUCCCGGGCCUGGGCAAGGAGGACCAAGGCGCCAACGGGGCCGGCACCAUGAUCUUCAACCCGGGCAACGAGCCGAGCUUCAUGACGCCGUUCCUCUACAGCUACAUUCCGGGCAAGCAGCACAAGUCGGCCAACCGGUCCCGCGCCAUCGUGGACGAGUUCUACCACGCCGGCCGCAACGGCAUCCCCGGCAACGACGACGCCGGCGCCAUGAGCAGCUGGCUGGUCUGGAACAUGAUCGGCCUCUACCCCGUCGUCACGCAGCCCGUGUACCUGGUCCUGGCCCCGCGCUUCGAGGACGUGACGGUGACGCUGGGCGAGUCGGGCGGGAAGCUGCGCAUCGUCGCCAAGGGGCUGGCCGAGGCCGGCAACACGUUUGUGCAGAGCCUAAAGGUCAACGGCCAGCCGUGGGACCGCAGCUGGGUCAGCCACGAGGACCUGGUCGGCAAGGACAGCGCGCGCGGCGGCCUGCUCGAGUUCGAGAUGGGGCCUGAGCCGGUCGCGUGGGACACGGGGGAUGUGCCGCCCAGUCCGGGCCAUGCCGAGGUGUGAACUACGGGCGCAUUUCCACGUAGAGACAGAAUAUCUGUCGAUUUGCGAGACAAAAAAAACAUGACACAAAAUAAAAGUUGAUAAAAAAAUAGGACAUGGCACUUCGCUCGUUUCAUCCUGAUAAAAAUAACAUGAUCCUCCACGACACCUCGGGUUACCCAACCCACGCAGUAACCCAAAGCCGAACAGUCCUGUUUUCCUUGUCGUCACCGGACACGUCACUCAGCUCCUGGCCACUUCUAGCACCCUGGCCUGAGCAAACUUCCUAAAUUCAAGAAACCGAACCCUCGCCCCCGACCGUCACAUAACAUCCUUCAGCCCCACGAAUGCUCUCCAUCACCUCCUGAUUCGUUUUUCAACCGACUUUAUCUUUCCCCAUUUGCUUCCAGCGCUUCUUUUAUCGGAAGCCAUGUGUGUCACCUCUCUUCCAGCACCCUGAGCCGUUCUUGGUAUGGAGUCUGCUCCGGCCCGCUCCCAGUCUGAGGGCUUCUUCGAAUCUCACCCAGUUGUCGACAAACUGGACAUUCGCAUCUUGGCUGCGAUGCGAUUGGCAAGCUUGUCCACGCUACCGACCUCGGCCGUAAUGGCGACUAGAUGAAGAGGCGCAUUCCCCUUCUCCCCGACAUAAAUGGCACGUUUGUGAUCAAUAGUUGACAAAGUGGAUUGAUUAGAUGCGCAACAUGGUAGCCAAUCAACGAGAUAUCAUCCCUUUCAUCUAUACACACAAGACGCCCAUCCACCUCAACGUCGUCUCCCCUAGCUCUUCUCAGGCGGCGUCGGCGAGUGGUUGACGCUCUCCUCGUCCGUCACAAACAUCUUACCCUCGGGCAGCUCGUUGAGCGCGUCCUCCUCGGCGUCGAGGCUCUUAAAGUUGAGCCAGAACAGCAAGCCCCCGACGGCGGCCAGGACGGCGACGACGCCGUAGUUCCACACGAGCAGCGGGUCGGCGCUGAGGGGCACAAAGGCCUCGCCCAGGGCGGCCGACAGGCUCGUGGUAAACAGCGAAAUGGCCUGGACCAUGGAGCGCAUGUUCUUGGGCGCCUUGCUAAAGGCGUAGUCGAGCGAGGUGAUGGAGGCAAAGAUCUCGGACAGGGCCAGCAGGACGUAGGCGCCCGUCUGGGCCCAGACGGUCAGGGAGAUGGGCGCGCACGUCGUGCCGUCGUCCUUGGUGCCCGACGCGUUGUAGCCGCACUCGGACGUGGCGUAGAUGUGGUUCUGGAUCACGGCGGCCCACACCAUGGCGGCGGCGCCGCAGAAGAAGCCGGCGGCGAUGCGCUUGAUGGGCGUGAACUUGAUGCGGUAUUUGCGCAGGAGCGGGUACAGGCCAAAGUCGCAGAUGGGGAUGAAACUGCGGGGAGAAAAAAAAAAAAGGAAAGAGUCAGUUUCACAUUCUUGUCAUGUUUGUUUAUGGCCCAAGCAGCAAACGGUCCAAACUCACAUGAGCAGCGCCAGAGGGUCCAGGUUGGUCACGACGUCGUUGGGGACGCCGUCGAGCCUCAUGACGGCGGCCUGGGAGAUGAGGUUGUUGUUGAGCUGGUUGUACGUGAGCCAGUAGAGCGGGAACCAGAACAGGACCGAGCAGGCGGCGAAACCACGACGCAGCUCGUCCACCCAGGCGUCGUCAAACGUCAUCCACGCGGGCUUGGUGCCCGGCGCGAACUUGGACGGCUUGACGCUCUCCCAAAAGGUGCCGUCGUUCAUGCGCUGGUACGUGACCCAGGGCAGGACGUGCCAGCGGCCGCGCUGGGCCAGCCCAAAGGUCUUGAGGGCCUUGCCGAGCACGGAUCCCGCGGGCGGGCGGUCGCGGUAGUGCUUCCUGCCCCACCACAUGACGAGCGGGCAGAUGCUGAGCAUGAUGGUGGGCAUGAGGUAGCUGAGCCAGAAGCCGACGUAGAGCUCGGCGUACACCAUGGUCAGCUGGCCGAGCAGGGCGCCGAUGUUGAUGAAGAAGUAGAACCAGUUGUAAACGCGGUUGAUGGUGAUGGUGGGAUCGACGAUGACGCGCUCGCCCGACUUUAGCGUGCGCACCACCAUGUGGUCCAGGUCCAGCUGCUCGACGAUGAGCGGGCUGAUAUUGGGCUUGAAACCGCCCGUGCCGAAGCCAAUGAUAAGGAUGCCCAUGAUCAUGGCGGCCAGCGAGUCGCUGGGCCCGCGGGCGAUGACGGGCGGGAUGGCCGACAGGAUCAGGACGAUGUGGCCAAAGAUUGCGACGCCAAGCGCAACGCAGAUGGUCUUGUAGCGGCCCCAGUACUCGUCGGCGAUCCAGGCGCCCAGCAACGGCAUCAUGUACUGGUAGAACUGGUUGAAGGUGGUGAUGCCGGUCGAGGCCUGCUGGCCCAUGCCCAGGACGCCCGACUGGCCCGUCGGGCUGCCGAAGCCGGCGCCGGUGAGGGAGCCGGCCGGCAGGGGCUGCUGGAUGAAGUUUGUGAAGACGAUGACGACGCCGUAGUAGGAGAAGCGCUCGCACAGCUCGAUGAAGGCGAUGGUGAAGAGCUUGAGCGGGAUGCGGUCCGCCACGCGCCGCAGCGUCUGCAGCUCCUCCUCGGUCGGGUGCAGGCCCGCGGCGCCGCCCGUCUUCUCGUCGUCGGGCGCCGCCACCUCGGCCUGGGCCGUGGCGCGCACCUGCUCCGCCACGAUGGCGUCGUCGAUUAUGUCUGCCGGCAUGCUGGGCUUGCUUGCAACGUGCAGAGGCUGGAUGAGGGGAGGGAAGGGAGGGGAAGCCGUCACGAGAGGACAGGUCAAGGGACGGGAGAGAAGAGGCGGGAAGACGCGGUCGGUUUUAUAAGGAACCCAUGCGUUCGCCCGGGUUACCACCACGAUUGGGCCCCUCCUGCAAGGUGCGAGGUACAAAGGCGGGAGGUGUCAGACGCAGGAAUGUCGCCCACCCGGGUAAUCUCUUGCCUGGAGCACGCAUGACAAAACAAGAGUGCAACGUCCCCCACACUUGCCCGCCCACUUUCUCUUAUCUGGGCUGGUGGGCAACAUGCUUUGCCGUUCCAGGUUCGUCCCAACUCUGCAGUCAUGUCCGGGGGGUGGUGUCGAGGGGAAACUACCCACAGCUCCUCCAGCGCCGUUGGCGGGUCCUCUGCGGCGCAGGAACCGACGGCAAAAGCACAGGCAUCCCUCGCCAUCGCCCUGCCCGAGAUGGAAGAUGGUUGGGGAGCCGCCUCGCCGAGGCUGAUUCAAGGAGAUGAACGGUCGGUGGCACUGCGCCAAAGGAUGGUGGACCUGCCUAUCGGUUCCGUCAUGGGGCCAAGAUACGCAUAAGAUGUUAAGAAAAGGGGUGUGGAGAGAGGGAUGGGCAAAUCUUGUGGUACGUCGUAUCGAACAGUGAGCAAGAGGAACUGUGUGGAUCGAGCCACUCCGUUCGGCCUCACUUUUUUUUUUCUGGAAAGGGGACAGAUCCGAUGCCUGUUGGCUGCCGAAUUAGGACACGCGGCCGAGACGUGGGCUUUUCGGCAUGCUGUCGAGAGCGAUAGCUACAGAUGACCACCACUAGCGCCCUUAAAGGGGGCAAAUACAGGCUCUUCGGUGGCCAAAAGCAGAUGUAUAUCGCCUAGCCCCUAGAGGUACCUACCUACCAUAUGGACGAGGCAUACACAGUACUGGUAUCUGCUGCGCUCACGCCAUGCGUCGAGUCCCAGGCUAGCCUGGACCCCCUGGACCCCCUGCCAGUGCACUGGCCUCGGCUGUGGGGAGCCACGAGCGAUAGCCAUCACACGCUCUCCUUGGUCAAAGCUUAUCCCAACAGAUGCCGCCUUGGCCGAGUGCAACGUGACGCUGACGGGCGCAUACCCGCUCGCGGCCUGUGAUUUGACGGGAAUAGUCCAGUCUCGCACUACUCCCUUCAAAUGCGAGGGACUUUCCCUGAUGCCCGCGCAGGUGGCUGGGAAGAAACACCUGCCAAAUGCAGAAGGUGCUGCAAACUACUUGUUUCCGGAGAAGAAGGGCCGAAGGAUCUGGCGCUGGGUGUGCUAGCGAAUCAUGUUUCUGGGUUUGGCAAUGGCGAAAAAUGGCAACACAUCUGGUCGAGAGGGGUUCUAGCUGAGUGUCCAUCGGGGAUUUCCACCUCCCGCCGUCCCCGCUGCUCUGCCAAGAAGCCAAGAUGAGCCACCCGAAAGGCUUGUCUGAACCGCCGAGCCACGACGAGAACGAUGGGGAAAAUAUGAGACACUAAAUAAAUGAACCUGAUAAUACCCAAAACCAAGAGAAUAAAAAAAAGUGACA